UAAAAGCCUUCGCGUGAGUCAGUAGAAAAGGCUAACGAGUGACUGGUGGUAGCGGCCCAGACUUGUAAGUUCAGCGCGCGCGCAGUGAUCGCUUGGCGACCCGAUCGACCGCACUCACGCACCAUGCGCGCGACCCGCGAGUGUGGACGUACCAUUAAAAUCUAGUGAAGUGACAAUAAAUCCGGAUUUCACACACAUCUGGAAUAGAACCAGUUAAGCAACCAUGGCGACUUCAGGGGGGAAGUCGCGGCGAGAAGAGAUCAGCGACAACUCUGACGACGAGCUAUUGCCGCUGGCAAAUGACACUUAUGGCGGCAGCCAAAGAACAGUACAAGAAACAAAAGGAUGGGACGUCUUCAGAGAAUUCCCACCGAAGCAGGACAGCGGGUCCAUGGAGAGUCAAGCCUGUCUGGAGUUCACGGUCCGCAUACUCAAAGUGUUCGCGUACACGAUCACCUUUAUAGUGGUGCUGGGCUCUGGCGUGAUAGCCAAGGGCACAGUGCUUUUCAUGACCUCACAACUCAAGAAAGACAAACGGCUAGCGUAUUGUAAUAGGAAUUUAGGUAGGGAUAAACAAUUUAUAGUCAGUCUGCCGGACGAGGAGCGGGUAGCAUGGAUGUGGGCGCUCCUCGCAGCCUUCGCGAUUCCAGAAAUAGGGACACUAAUACGUUCAGUCCGAAUUUGUUUCUUCAAAACUUCGAAAACUCCUACUAGUAUACAGUUUAUAGUGGUCUUUAUUACUGAAUCCCUGCACACAAUAGGAAUGGGAUUGUUAUUCUUCAAAGUACUGCCAGAACUGGAUGUGGUCAAAGGAGCCAUGAUAACGAACUGCCUCUGCAUUGUACCCGCGAUUCUGGGCUUGCUCUCCCGAAACUCGCGAGAUACGAAACGUUUCAUGAAAGUGAUCGUCGACAUAGCCGCUAUAGUCGCACAAGUUACCGGUUUCAUUGUUUGGCCGCUGCUAGAAAACAAACCAGUGAUUUGGCUUAUCCCAAUUUCCGCCCUCUGUAUAUCCUUAGGAUGGUGGGAGAACUAUGUUUCACGACAGAGUCCAAUCGGUAUUAUAAAGAGCUUAGCCAGAAUAAAAGAGGAACUCAAUCACACACGCUACUUCACCUACCGCUUUAUGUCAGUUUGGAAGAUUAUUCUAUUUCUGAUUUGCAUUCUCAUGAGUAUUUGGAUGGAUGGCGAUGAUCCUGCUAUGUUCUUCCAGCUAUUUAAACCCGGUUUCGGACCUCAUAAUAUCGUAGUCGAGGAGGUUCAAAUACAACUUGGCGGGACACUAAUUCCAGACCUUGCGAACGCAACUCUCACUGGUGACUCGGUCGAGGUAGCAGCGGUACACAAGUCGGCCUUCUAUGUGCUACUCAUUCAAGUUUUCGCCGCGUACUUGUGCUAUAUAUUUGGGAAAUUCGCUUGUAAAAUCCUUAUUCAAGGCUUCAGUUAUGCCUUCCCGAUCAAUCUGGUGAUUCCGUUGGUAGUGAACUUAUUGAUCGCCGCGUGUGGUCUAAGGAAUGGUGACAAUUGCAUAUUCCAUGGUACAAUUCCAGACUAUCUAUUCUUUGAGAGCCCCCCAGUAUUUUCACUUGGUGACUUUAUCACACGACAAAUGGCAUGGAUAUGGCUGCUCUGGCUACUUUCACAAACCUGGAUUACGAUUCAUAUUUGGACUCCAAAAGCAGAACGUUUGGCAUCGACUGAAAAACUGUUUAUUCUUCCAAUGUACAAUGGAUUACUGAUUGAUCAGAGCAUGGCCCUUAAUAGAAAAAGAGAUGAUCAAAAGGACGUUAAAACCGAGGAUCUGGCAGAAAUAGAAAAAGAGAAAGGCGAUGAAUAUUACGAAACAAUAUCGGUGCAUACAGACAACACUGGAUCUUCUCCUAGAACAAUCAAGUCGUCAGAUCAAAUUACCAGAAUCUACGCAUGCGCUACUAUGUGGCACGAGACUAAAGACGAGAUGAUGGAGUUCUUGAAGUCUAUUCUGCGAUUAGACGAAGACCAGUGCGCUCGGCGGGUUGCUCAGAAAUAUUUGCGGGUUGUUGACCCAGACUACUACGAAUUCGAAACUCAUAUAUUUUUGGAUGAUGCAUUCGAAAUAUCUGAUCACAGUGACGACGAUUCUCAAGUGAAUCGGUUCGUCAAACUUCUUGUAGACACUAUAGACGACGCUGCUUCCGAAGUGCAUCAAACUAUUAUAAGGGUACGACCGCCAAAGAAGUUUCCCGCACCAUACGGUGGACGACUGACGUGGGUACUGCCAGGGAAAACUAAAAUGAUCUGUCACUUGAAGGAUAAGGCUAAAAUUCGUCACAGAAAACGAUGGUCUCAGGUUAUGUACAUGUACUACCUACUCGGAUUCCGUCUAAUGGAGCUGCCUAUAUCUGUCGAUCGAAAAGAAGUGAUGGCUGAAAAUACUUUCCUGCUAACUCUUGAUGGAGAUAUUGAUUUCCGGCCGCAUGCUGUGCGACUGCUUAUCGAUUUGAUGAAGAAAAAUAAGAAUUUAGGAGCGGCGUGUGGACGUAUUCACCCUGUUGGUUCUGGUCCCAUGGUAUGGUAUCAACUGUUCGAGUACGCUAUUGGGCAUUGGCUGCAAAAGUCGACUGAGCACAUGAUUGGUUGUGUACUCUGUAGUCCUGGAUGCUUCUCUCUGUUCAGAGGAAAGGCUCUUAUGGAUGACAAUGUAAUGAAGAAGUAUACCUUAAGAUCUGACGAAGCUCGGCAUUACGUACAAUACGAUCAAGGAGAGGAUCGUUGGCUCUGCACACUUUUGUUACAAAGAGGUUAUCGAGUAGAAUACUCAGCUGCUUCCGAUGCGUACACUCAUUGCCCCGAAGGUUUCAACGAGUUCUACAAUCAGCGCCGUCGCUGGGUGCCUUCUACUAUUGCCAACAUUAUGGACUUGCUUGCUGAUUAUAAACACACGAUCAAAAUUAACGACAACAUAUCCACGCCCUAUAUCGCAUACCAGAUGAUGUUGAUAGGAGGUACGAUUUUGGGCCCCGGCACUAUAUUUCUUAUGUUGGUGGGUGCUUUUGUGGCAGCUUUUAGAAUCGACAACUGGACAUCUUUCGAAUAUAAUCUGUACCCCAUUGCAAUCUUUAUGUUUGUCUGCUUCACGAUGAAAUCAGAAUAUCAGUUAUUGGUCGCGCAAAUCUUGUCUACAGCAUAUGCUAUGAUAAUGAUGGCUGUGAUCGUCGGUACGGCGCUCCAAUUAGGAGAGGACGGUAUCGGAUCGCCAUCAGCUAUCUUCUUGAUAUCACUUUCAAGUUCGUUCUUCAUAGCCGCUUGUUUGCAUCCGCAAGAGUUCUGGUGUAUAGUACCUGGCAUCAUUUACUUGCUUUCGAUUCCUUCUAUGUACUUGCUUUUAAUUUUGUAUUCAAUCAUUAACUUGAACGUUGUAUCAUGGGGUACAAGAGAAGUGCAGACGAAAAAGACUAAAAAGGAAAUCGAACAAGAAAAGAAAGACGCAGAGGAGGCUAAGAAAAAAGCCAAACAAAAAUCUUUACUUGGAUUCCUGCAAGGUGUAAACAGUAACGAAGAAGAAGGUUCGAUCGAGUUUUCAUUUGCUGGGCUGUUUAAAUGUUUGCUUUGCACGCAACCUAAAGGGAAUGAAGAAAAACUGCAGCUUAUGCACAUUGCGUCGACACUUGAUAAAUUGGAAAAGAAAUUGGAUACCGUAGAAAGGAUUGUAGACCCACAUGGGCAAAUAAGAGGCCGUAAGCUUUCCCUUGGAAUGCGAGGCAGUACGAACGGCGAUCCGUUGGUAACAGUAGCCGAAGGCGAGGAAGAAGACCGUGGUUCUGAUUCUGAAACCGAAACGAUGUCUUCAAUGCCCAGAGAAAAAAGGGAUGACCUUAUUAAUCCUUAUUGGAUUGAAGACACUGAAUUGAAAAAGGGAGAAGUUGACUUUAUGAAUCAAACUGAGUUAUCGUUUUGGAAAGAUCUGAUCGACAAAUAUUUGUACCCUAUCGACGCAAAUAAGGAAGCGGAGGCACGUAUAUCCAGGGAGCUCAAAGAAUUGAGAGACUCUUCUGUUUUUUCAUUCUUUAUGGUUAAUGCUCUUUUUGUGCUCAUUGUUUUCUUGCUGCAACUGAACAAGGACAACAUUCAUAUUAAAUGGCCGUUCGGAGUUAAAACUAAUAUUACGUAUGAUGAGGUUUCACAAGAGGUACUCAUAAGCAAGGAAUACUUGCAAUUGGAACCUAUUGGUUUAGUGUUCGUGUUUUUCUUCGCCUUGAUUCUGGUUAUUCAGUUUACCGCUAUGUUGUUCCAUAGAUUCGGUACUAUUUCACACAUUUUAGCAUCAACUGAAUUGAACUGGUUCUGUACGAAGAAGUCAGAAGAUCUAUCUCAGGAUGCCCUUCUUGAUAAAAAUGCAAUAGCAAUAGUGAAAGACUUACAAAAAUUAAACGGGCUAGACGACGAUUACGAAAACGACUCUGGCUCGGGACCCCAAAAUGUGGGUAGGAGGAAAACAAUUCACAACUUGGAGAAAUCAAGGCAAAAGAAGAGGAACAUAGGCACGCUGGAUGUUGCUUUCAAGAAAAGAUUCUUUAAUAUGAAUGCCAAUGAUGGUCCAGGUACACCAGUCUUAAAUCGCAAGAUGACAUUGCGUAGAGAAACACUAAAAGCUUUAGAGACGAGAAGAAAUUCUGUAAUGGCUGAACGAAGAAAGUCUCAAAUGCAAACACUUGGUGCCAACAAUGAAUAUGGAGUAACUGGAAAGUUAAAUAACAAUCACCCGGUGCCUCCGCGUCACCGAACUUCAACCGCAAACAUAUCAGUGAAGGACGUAUUUGCUGAACCAAUUAAUGGUGGAAUGGUCAAUAGAGGAUAUGAGACCUCAUUAGGCGAUGACGACGACAGCAACUCAAUGAGACUCCAGCCCAGGCAAAACCAAGUUUCCUUCCAAGCAAGAUUCUAGUGAACAAGCAGACAUUAUUUGUCGCAAAUACUUAGUUGCCAACGUAACGAAUUAAAUUAUUAGUGUAAGAAAUUGUAGAUACUCAUUUAGCAUAGUAAGUAAUAUUAUUAUUGAAAACUCAAUUUGUGAAAUUACAAGCAUCACAAUGUAUUGUGAUAUUUUUAUUUUUGUGUCAAACGACCAGAAUGGACUGAUGUGAAAACAUUGUGUUCUCUAUUUUGUAUUUAGUUUAUAUGUACAAUAAUAAUAAUUUUUAUUAUUAUUAGUAGAAUUUACACUGCCACUCUACUUUUGUAUUUUUCUAUAAGACAUAUCCAGAUAAAGUUAUGUUUAAAAUGA